GCAUGCAGUAUAAUAAUGACCGCUCAGAAAUAGCGCGCCUGAAAGAGGAGAACGCCCGUCUUCAGCAGCAGGUCCACUACCUGGACAGGGAGAUGAAGGAAUUACAGCUCACCAAAGAUUCCGCCAUGAAGUCGACCAAUGGGAUACCAGAGAAAGAGCUUGGGGUCGGAGAAUUUGGGGAAGUUAAAUUGGAGCUUCUUCAAACAAAGCAGGAAUUGUUAAAUGCAAAGGAAGCAUUAAAAGUCAUGAAAGGUGACAGAAAAAGACUAAAAGCAGAAAAACUGGACCUUCUCAGUCAAAUGAAGCAGCUGUAUGGCACUCUGGAAGAUAAAGAGGCAGAAUUGAGAGAUUUUAUAAGAAAUUAUGAGCAGAGGAUGAAGGAAAGUGAUGACACAAUAAAACAGCUAAGCUCAGAUAAGGAUGAGAUAGAAAGAGAAAAGUGGGAAAUCUUAAAAAGAGCCAGAGAUGCCACGGAACGAUCAGUCAGCCUGCGACAGCAACUGGACGUCAAAGAAAAAUACAUAGAAAAACUGCAGAGGGAAUUCCGAGAUAUGAAGGAGCAGCUCUCAAAACACAACAAAUUUGAUGAAGCAGUGUUAGAUCUGGACCCACCGCCUCCCUCCCUCCACUCUCCCAGCACUGAAGAGCUGCCGCCAUAUCAAGAGUCGCCACCAAAUUCUGGGAAAAGUUAUGGAAGUGAUUCACCUUUCUGUUUGACUCCAACCCAGAGAAACUACACAGCAGACAAGAUGUCCCCGAUGUCCGACUUCAACUCCCUGGAGGAGAUCUCGGAAGUUCAGGACCAGGAGGACGGGAAGAAGAAACGGAAAAAAAGUUUCAGCAGCAGUAUAUCCAAAGUGUUCUCUAGGAAUCGCAAUAGGAGGUCCAUCAAUAGUGACCCCAGGAUAGAAGACUGUGAGAGUAACCUGAGUUCCCACUCUGACAGCAACCCUCACCUGUCUCAACUCAACCAGGAGAACUAUGAGGAGAAAUUGUGUUUGGUUGAGAAGUGCUCCUCUACCGCAAUGUCCCAGUGGAAGGCUCCAGAGGUGCUGGCUUGGCUGGAGAUCACAAUGUCCCUGCCUAUGUAUGGCAAGAUGUGUGUGGAGAAUGUAAAAAGUGGAAAGGUGCUUUUAGGUCUCAGUGAUUCAGAAUUGGAGUCGGCUCUAGGUAUAACUCAUUCCUUUCACAGACGCAAACUACGACUUGCCAUUGAAGAACAAAGAGACCCGACUUCUUGUAAAUACCCCAAGGCCAGAUAUGUGGACCACACCUGGGUGGCCCAUAGAUGGAUCCAUGACAUAGGAUUAGGACAGUACCAAACUAACUUAGAAUCAAAUCUCAUAGAUGGCAGGAUGCUGAACGUUCUUACCAAAAAAGACUUAGAAAAACACCUAAAUAUCCACAGAAAGUUCCACCAGUGCAGUAUGUUACAUGGGAUAGAGCUGCUGAGGAGGGUGCAUUUUGAUAAAGAUUUGCUGUCUGACAGAAGAUCUCAGUGUGAGACAGUGGACUGUGAUCCCCUAGUCUGGACUACUGAAAGGGUGGCCAGGUGGAUUAAAAAUAUUGAUCUCCAGGAGUACGCAGAUAAUUUAAAAGAUAGUGGUGUUCAUGGUGCUCUAAUGGUGCUGGAACCUUCAUUUAAUGCAGAGGCCAUGGCGGCUGCUCUUGGGAUACCAGUUUCCAAGUCCUACAUAAGGAGGCAUUUGGCAUCGGAGAUGAAUGUUCUCAUUAAACCGGCCAGCACUGAUAUCAGACCUCCACACAUGUACGCUUCGCUGUUUGACCUACGACCUAAACGAUGGACCUUCUUCAGAACUGCACUGGAAGCAAGCAAUGCCAGUAAAAAGAAAACAGCAGGAGGAUCGCUCGGGCGAAGUUUUGAGAGAUCUUUCCUUGGUCCUGGUGAAGAUGGUGAGCAAAGGAAAAAGCCAACAUUCAGGGGAUCUUUGGGUAGAGCCCUAGGGAGGAAAAUGAAGAAUGACAUCCAACAGCAGACAAGCAGAUCUAGCCUCAGUUCUUCUCACAGGUCAAAAAGUAUAGAAAUGGAAAGUACCCCUGUGUAGCUAUUUGUGAACCCCAAAAAAUCUGAGUUCUCCCUUGUAAACAGGAUGGCUAACUCCGUACAAUACUGGACGAUGUCUCAUUUGCAAACAUGCAAGAAAAUGGUAAUCUGGAUUUUUAUGAUGGAAGCCAUGACCAUUUACUAUAGGGCUGAAAUUGCAGAGCUUUUACUUUUAUCUUCAGUGAAAAUAAAGACAGGCCACAGUUGUACAGAAAGCAAACCACAACAUUUUAUAUUUCAGAGUAAAUGCACAUUCACAUUGGAUAUUGAGAUUUAUCUGAAUACAUCAACAGUAACUAUUCAAAAAUUAAACUGUGACAUUCCAAGCUUUGAGGCUACUUUUACAUUUUCACAGUGGGCGUACAGUGGAAGGCAUCAUUUGACUAGCAACUGCCAUGUCUUGAUUAUCUAAAGAAGAACUACUGAAAACUUGGAGAGAAAAUGGGUCAUUCUUAUGAGACACUUCAACACUGGAUGCUUAAAAUUUGUCCAAAGGUUGUAACUUGUAAAGCUUCAAAUAGAUUUGAAAUAAAGCACUGACAAAUUAAGGAAGUUGGGGGGUUCAUUAAAACCAAAAAAUAAAAUACAGGUCAUGUCAGUGUUGUCUAAUUGUUCUUAUCUGUUGUAAUUAAUUAAUUGCAGGGAGGUUCAGGGUAAAAGUGCCCAUCCCAGUCCCCCUCCCCUCCCCCCCCCCACCACCCCAAUUAAGAAUCUGGUCUUGCCAUUACAUUUGACUUGUUACUCAUGUCAAUAGCAUACAAGUCGUGUCAUAUUGCUAUCUCGACAACAGAAUUUUGCUAGACUGUAAAUUGAGAACAAAAUUUAGUUUUACAUGUUGUAUAUUUAUUUUAGUGGAUAUUUUUAAAUCUUAAUUUAAAGUGUAUAUUAUUCUGAAUAUCUCUAGAUUUGAAUUAUAUCAGGGAUACAGUAGAUAAUAUAAUUAUAUUAAAUGGUGUUUUAGGUUGUGUGCUUAAUGUUAUGUCAUAUACCUGCCAAUAGUUGCUUAAAAUAUGAUUUAUUUAGAGAAAUUAAGCUCUGGAAAGGAUAUUUUGAAUUUAAUGUAAGAAAGAGUGAAAAGGGUUUGAAUUUUUUAUGUUUACAAAUUCAAAUGAACAGUUGGCAUGUGUUGAUUUUUCUCUGAACCUUGAUAAGUAAUGGUGUUUUUUCAGAAGCUUGAAUAAAUAUUAAACUUUUCAUCAACUAAAAUGAGUAUUCAUUUGAAUUUGUUCAUUAGCCAAGAUUGCAGUUAAAGCUCCAUUCAUUCAAUCCAUUUAACAUCAAUUUAUGGCUUUAUUUUCAUAGUUUUAUUUUAAACAAGUGCACACUCUUUACCCUUAUUUUUGAAUGAAACUUGAAUAUAAUCAUAAGGCCAAAAUGCAUAUUUAUUGCCUAGUAGAUUGUAGAAGAUUUCACCAUGGAACUUCAGGGUGAAAUUUCAACAGCUUUCUGUUGUUUGUACUUGUGAAAAGAUAGGCAUGUUCACUCUGAUUUUCAGGGUGGGCAGUAUUGAUAGGCUGGUGAUUUUAAAAACAAUCUUGUGUAUGUCAAAGGAUAUGACCUAGGGUAGAAACUUGUUAUUAUCAAGUGAGUUGUAUUUUAUGUAUCAGUUGUGAUCUGUAUGUUUUUGUAUCGAGAGAGAGAGAGAGAGAUGUAAGAAUAAAAAACAUUUUAUGGAUUUAUCA